AUGAUCACGUCCACGUGCUCGGACGAGAGCAGCAGCAACUUCCUCAACUCCUCGGGCCGCUUCACGGCGCAGACCACGCCGUCGCCGCAUACGCAGUCGUUCUUGAGCUCCAGUGGCCGCUCCACCACCUUCUCCACGGCCAGCUCCGUGGAGCAGAAGGACGAGGACGACGCGCUGCUGGCGCUCGCGAGGCGCGCGCGCGCCAAGCUCGAGCACGCGCGCACGACGUUCGCGACCGGCGGCUGGAAGGAGCGCAAGGACGGCCAGGGCGUGCGCGUCUUCGAGCGCCGAUCCAAACACGGCGUGUAUGACGUAUCGGCGACCACGGCGCUGCCUUACAGUGCCAACGAGAUCCUCGAGGUGCUCUCGAGCCACAACAGCGACGACUUCAACGCCACCAUGGUGGUGCUGGCGGGCGACGCCUUCUCGUACGCGGUGACGCUGCGCGAGGUGCCCAUGACAAAGCUCUCCGCCCACCUCAGCACCAAGCGCAUGCAGUUCUCGGGCUCCAUCCCGCUGGUCUCCAGCACCAAGACCAUCGAGUUCUUGGACUACGUCGAGCUCGACUACAAAACGCGCACCGCCGUGCGCACCUUCCAGACGCUCACGCGCGAUCGCACGGGUCGACUCGUUGUCGGAGGCAGUGUGCUGGCCGGAUACCUGCUGCGCGAGCAGCCGGCGUCGCACCAGACGUCGGUGUUUUACUUCGGGACACAUGCCAUGUGCCCCGACGAGAUGAAGGCCAAGGGCAUCGUCAAGGCCAAGCUCAAGGCCGCCACCGCGCGCGAGACGUCCACCUACGCCCUGUUGAAGCUGGCCAAGCUGAUCCCCAAGAUCGGCGAGAUCGCUCUGCGGAGGCGACUGGGCUCCGAGGACUGCGUCGACCCCUCCGAGCAGGUCGGCGACGGGAGCUGCUCCGGUUGCGGCAAGCUAGUCAAGGACUCGCUGCUGCGCAAGAAGCACGUGUGCUACAUCUGCGGCCACGACACGUGCGCCGCGUGCUCCAAGUCGCAAGACAUCGAGGGCCUUAUCGGAGUCAUCGAGCGCCUGCGCGUCUGCUGCAUGUGCAUCUCGGCCGCGCGGCAUCGAGCGUUCGACAGUGAGCCGCUCGAGGACGGACCGGUGUACCUGAUCCGCCCCAGCAUCGUCAGCGGCUUGAGCACCACGUCGACGAGCCGCACAGCGCUGAGUACACCGUCCAAUGUGCGGACGCACGCUCUGUACGCAAGAUAA